AUGUGCAAAAACAAGUGGUUUUUGGUCGUAAUUUAAGCGUAAAAACUCAAUGUUUACAUGGUGCUAGUUUUCGGUUGCGCAUGUUUUCGUGAAAGCACCCAAACAACAGUUAACGAGGUUGGUAUACUGCCACGAAAUGGCGCUCUCAGUCGAUUAGAGAACAUUGCGGAGAGAGGUCGUUGUGUAUAAUCGCGUGGUUUAUUUACAAACAAAGUAAAAUUCGCAUCGAAAGUGAGUGUCGUUCGGGGUGUUUGGAUGCCCGAGAUGCCUUCAGCCGAUAUGCGCACCACCGUGAGCACGAUGAACCCUGUGAGGGGCCCGGAAUUUAACAUCAGUUCGAAGGACGUAGAGGGCCUGGUGUUGGAGAUCAAGGAGAACCUGCGAUUGUCGGCGACGACGAUGAAGGCGAUACCCUGCAGCCACCUGUCGAGGAAGUCGUCGCGAGCGUCGCCCUACCGCAUCCCAGGGAAAGUGUGUUGUGAGUCGGCCCCGUCUGCCUGCGAUCAGUGUAUCAGGAAAAACAAGCGGCGGCUGCAGCAGGAGGCGCAGGAAGACCCCUACGAACUCCUGCAGAAACUGCUCAGAGACGGUAGUUUGGUGAACGAGGCGGUCCGCAGGGUGCAGUUGGGGCUCACCCCCAAACAGAGAUACUUCUACGAGUCCGAUGAGGAGAAUAGCCCUGUUCUACGGCUGUACUCCCAAGAGAGCUAAAUUCGAUAAUUUUGCGUUUAAUUUAUUUUGUCCUUAAAUGUUCCUUUGUGAGUGUUGUAUGUGAGAAAUUGGAAACGUUGCGUCAGCGAGAGUACAGUCCGAGCCAAAGAGACGUAAGAAGCACACAUUUCGUAUAGUCGGGGACGAGAGACUAGUCCCGUUUUUCCGUUUUUUUGUCUCUUAGUAUUAUACGCUUAAGAGAGAAUUUGAAUUUUUUACAAAAUGCUGUAUUACGCUUAAUUACCGGACAUUUAGAUAGUGUUAAAUUAGUUUGGAACUCUUACUCUAUUACUCCAUAUCUGUGAUUGUAAAAUAAACCUCCCAGAUUUGUUUCUCCCUCAUCCAAAAAAUCCAAAAAUGUUUAUAUCAAAUUUCUCAAAAAACAAGCAUGGGGGAGAUGAGGUGUCUUAAAAUCACACAUGAAAAAUACGAACGUUGAUUUUUCAGAUGCGAUUUUAAUUUAAUUUUAAGUAUGUGUAUAAAAUACAUAACAAUGUUGGUUUUUUGUUCAACAGUCGGGUCAGUUAGUGGAUCUGUACGAUUUUUUUUUUCAUACACUGACCUUUUAGUUGUUGCACAUGCCGUGUUCUGUAAUUUCUUUAAACCGAAUUAGACAUGCCUGCGCAUUUUAUUUAAUUUAACUAAUUAAUUUAAUUUUAUCAGAACCGCAUUUUUAAGUAUUUUUUGUGUUUUAUUUAAAAUGCACUAGAUUAUUGAACUGAUUCUAUUGCUGUUCUUGUGAUAUAGUUGUUAUGCAUAAAUUCUUAACUCAAUGGGAAAAAAUGUGAUUUUUAUAUUCACUUGGUAGAUGCAUUUGAUUUUGUUUUGUUUUUUUGACUGUGUUCUUUAGUUAGUUUACUGGACAAAAUGGGUUUAUAAGAAUAGACGACUUAUUUUUUUUUUAAUUGUUUUUCACUAAUUGUCAGUUACUAUGUGUAGGUAUUUAAUUAAAUUGUUUUUAUCACAUUUUUCUAGGGCAUUUGUUUCCUAGAUAUUUGUGGUAAAAUUUAUGUUAUGAAUGUACGUUUUUGUUACAAUCGCAAUAAUUUGUAUUAAAAUAUUUUUUGAUGCCUAUGGCAUUCAUGUAUUAUAAUGUCGAAAAUAAACAUUAUAAUCAAG